AUGAAACUAAAGCAAACCAACGUGAUGUUUAUGGUGUUAGCCCUGAUCUCGGCAUUGGUUUUCCUACAAUCAGAAGCUGAUGAAUGUCCGACAGGAAAUAUAAAUCUCGUACCAGGAUGUUUCGAUGCGUUGAGAUUAGCAUCUGGCAAAGAUUACAGCAGGCUAUCAAGAGCUUGUUGCAGAGCAGUCUAUUCAAUAAACUCUGAUACUUGCUUCUUUCUUUUCUAUCCUAGCCCGCCUUACCCUAUUAAGACGUUCAAAAACAUUUGUCUUAAUGUUAAUUAUGUCCCUGAACCUGAUGGUUCACGUUUCUAA